AUGCAGAGCUUCCCAUUUGCGCCGCAGCCUCUGGCGCCGCGCGAGAACCAGAGAAACUAUGUUUUUGUCGACGAGCACAACCGCCACAAGCGCCUCAAGGUCAUGCGCGCCUGCGAGGGCUGCCGAAGGCGUAAGAUCAAAUGUGAUGCCGCAACCACGAAUGCCUGGCCGUGCGCCGCUUGCAUUCGUCUCAAACUCAACUGCGUCCCUCCGACUGUCAGCUACGACAAGGACUUUGCGCCCGGCUCCCACACGUUUGAACUCGAUCAACGACCUCAAGAAUAUGACCCCACGCAAGCCGUCCCAGGCCCCGUCCCGGACCAUUACCCGAGGCACCACUCCAUCGCCGGCCACCCUUUGAGCGCCGAAGUUGGUUCCGUCAUGGGCCCUCCGUUGCAGACGACCUACGCCGACACGGCGCGCAUGUACCAAACCGCGCCUUACAUGCAACAACCACCUCCCAGCCAAGAGGCCCUGCAUUACGGUGCCAUGCAACCCUCUCCGCUUCAACCGGCGCAACCCAUCUAUCCUACUCAACCAGCACCGGCGAUGACGCCUGCUGAUCCUGAUCCGUCAUGGCGCAACAAUCUUGAUACUUCCCAACUCACUGACGCCCUCGGCGAGCUCAAAAUUGAUCACACAGCUGUCGCACCAUACAUCACAAACCAGAAAAAGACACUUGCCAACGCACCCGCUGUGGAAGACUAUGAAAUUCACUUGCCUGAUGAUCACAGUCCAGACAUGACCAUCCGAAUUCCGCCUGAGAUGAUGCCAACGGACCAGCAAGCUCUUGAUUAUUUUGAAUACUUUUUUACAAACAUCCAUCCGUAUUGCCCUGUUAUCAACCGUCAAUUCUUCUUCCAACAAUGGCAAACCAGUCGUCAUUCGAUUUCCCCUCUCAUUCUGGAAGCCGUCUUUGCUUGCUCUUCAUUGAUGUUGGAUGAUCCCUCGCAGGGCAAUAAGUGGCUUGCACUCGUGUCGAAACACGAGGAAAGUUUCAAGGAUGUCCCACGUUUGAGCACAAUCCAAGCAAUGAUCCUGAUCCUGAAAGCGCGCGAGGCCGUUCCAAAGCGUGGUUACUUCUAUCGGUCCUGGAUGACGGUCGUCAACUGUGUGGCAAUGGCCAAGGAUCUCGAUCUCGACUCGCACUUUGAGCUUCAUCAAAUGGGCAAGUCGUGCGGUUCAUCGGGUCACGACUGCGUGACCAAGACUAGAGUCUGGCAUAUGCUGUUCAUGCUCGAAGUCAUGGUCGGAGGUCCUCAAGGACGUGUUGAUUUCGGCGUCAAGGAAGAUACGGUUGAUUUCAGUGUUCCUCGUCCCAUGUCCAGCCACGAUGAGGUCGAAAACCAAAUUUCCCGUCAAUUUUCUUACUUCUUGCGGAUCGUUAAGAACAUCCAACGGACAACGAUGCUUCAUGGAUCAUUGAGAAAAAGAAGUAAGAGCUGGGCCAUAGAUCCUGAAUUUGUCCGGCACAACGACGGCUACGCUGCAUGGCUCCGAGAACUCCCGCGCGACCUGCAAAUCGUUUAUCCCGAUGACGGCACGACACCUUGGAUACCGUCGCACUAUGUUGCGAACAUGCACUGUUACCAUCAUCUCGGUGUAAUCAUGCACCACAGGCCACAACUACACAUGCUCUACGAAGCUUAUGACCCGAUGUGGAAGCAGCAUAUGUUGCUUUGUUAUUCGGCAGCAAAGAGCAUGUGUAGGUUACAAGAAGCCAUUUUGCAAAACUUUUCGCUUCCUGGUCUUCUAUGCAUGCAACGCGGUAUCAGUUUCACCGUCUACUCCGUCCUCACAUGCACCAUGCUUCACCUGGUCGCCAUCACCUCGCCGGAUCCAGAGCUCAAUACGGAUGCCAGGGACUAUUUCGUGCGCCAUAUGCGGAUUUUGGAGCAAUGUAUUCCCAACUGGCCUUUGCCGGAGAUGCAAGCCCAGGUCAACAAUUUGCGAGAGGCCUUUUCCGCGGACCUGAACAAGCCAUUUGAGUUGAAGGCCUCUUUCCCGCUCGGAAGCCCUGCCAUCAACACCAACCCCAGUCCCAUCAGCGAAGGAGGAUAUCGGCGAAACACAGGCCAUGAUCCUUCGUUGGAGCAACCAGGUCAAGUCAACUAUACCAAUCAUCCUAUCUCGCCACCGAUAUCCGCGAGCGGCACGGACCCCAAGGCUGACUCUCCCGUAGUUCAGUCACUGGUCAUGAUGGCUGCGGGCCAGAGGCAACCUCAACCCUCUACCACAAUGCAAAAUCAAGAACCAGUGCAGUGGAAUCCGACCAGAUUAUUCGAUCAAUGGAAUACUGCUUUCGGUACGCCCCCUCCAACUACCACGUCUCAAUCCUCUCCUCCUCUAAGACCUCCUCCGUCAGGGACCUAUGAACUCCGGACUCCGCAGGAGACACAGCCGCCAGGAUACUAUCAUGCAUCCAGCGUGUCUCCGCAUACCCACCAAGUUCCGAGUGUCCCGGCUCAACUGCCUCCGCCAGUAUCUUACGCUGCUCCUCCCGGCAAUUACGUCACUCCGAGCAUGUGGCAAGAUGUGGUGGCCAGCUCCUUUGGCGACGGUGGCCUCAAGCGGAGAUGGGAUUACAGCUCUCCUGGAAUGAUCGAUCAAGGCCAGGUCGCAAAGAGGUCAAGAUGA